UCUAUUUAUCAAAAAGGGUCAAAAAUAAUGAAAUAUGAUGCAAAAAUUAAAGUUUAUUGUCAGUUUUCUUCUGUUUGGCGCAUGAGAUAUAAUCUAAAAGACAUGCGUGAACUGACCAGAACCCCCUCCAGCAAAAAAACACUAACAGAAGAAGAGUCAAGGUGGCUGAGUCCUAAUUGGCUAUCAUGGAAUAAGUACUCGGAAGUUAUGUUAAGGUCUCUUGAAAAGAAGAUUUUGCAAAUUGUAAAAACAUCCUACAGAGGCUUCUUUGUGGAUAUAGGACCAGUAGUAGGACCGGCAGAUAAAAUAUGGACCUUGGCAUUCAAUGCCGACUCGCCAAAGACCCCUUUGGUUCUAAUCCAUGGGCUCGGGGCAGGUGUUGCCCUCUGGUGUUUGAACAUAGACGCCCUGGCAGCUUCUAGGCCAGUAUAUGCUUUUGAUAUGCUUGGUUUCGGAAGGUCUUCGAGGCCUGAUUUUGAUAAAGAUGCCAUGAAGGCCGAAAAACAAAUGGUCCGGUCAAUAGAGGAGUGGAGGAAAGAAAUGAAACUGAAGGAUUUCAUUUUGUGUGGUCACAGUAUGGGUGGUUUUUUGGCCACCGCUUAUGCCCUGACCCACCCCACCAGGGUAAAACAUAUAAUCCUAGCGGACCCUUGGGGGUUCCCCGAGAAACCUUCAGAUAGUGCCCAGCAGAUCCCUCUAUGGGUGAAAACUGUAAGUUAUGUGAUGCAACCCUUUAAUCCUUUAGCCAGUGUCAGAAUAGCGGGACCUCUUGGGCCCUGGUUUAUUAACACUUUAAGACCAGAUAUUUCCAAAAAGUACUUGUCGGCACUUCAGGAUCCCGAGCUGAUACCUCAGUAUAUUUAUCAGUGUAACUCUCAGCACCCCAGUGGGGAGAGCGCGUUCCACUCGAUGAUGUCCGGAUUCGGUUGGGCCAAAAAUCCGAUGGUGCAAAGAAUCGACCAUUUAGACGCGGAAAUCCCCAUUACGCUCCUGUACGGCUCGAAAUCCUGGAUCGAUCAUUCUGCCGAGGAUAUUUUGAAGGAAAAACGAUAUAAGUCGUAUUUCAAACUGCAGGUAAUAGGUGGCGCUGGACAUCAUGUAUACGCGGAUAAACCGCAUCAGUUCAAUCAAAUAGUGAUGGAAGCGUGCGCUUUUACUGACGCGCAACGUCGCAACAAUUUGGCAAUCAUGCCUGCCGCUGACGAAUCGGAAAACCCCGAGAGUGACAAGGGGCUCCGGUGAAUUUAUAUACUUUUUAAUAUUAUUGCAAUAAUUAUAAAGUUGUAUAAUGUUUACUUAUAUAUGAUUUUAUUGUUGUUUUUAAUGUGUACCUGAUCGAUUGAUUGAAAUUAUUAACCGAAAAUAUAUGAUUUUUAUCUAA